CUGGUGGGAGCAAGAAUGAAGGGAGAAGAACCUUUGCCCUAUAUGGAUAUAAUUAGAUACGGAUAUGAGGCGUGUGAUGCGUUCCUCAGCGACAUCGAGACGAGAUCCUUCUUAAGAUCUGGAAGGAACUACGAUCUUAUAAUGUUGGAUGGAGCUUAUCCUGAAUGUGCUUUAGGCCUGGUCUACCGCAUGAAAGUACCCUUCAUGUACAUUAAUACAGUGGCAUUCUACGCUUCUCCAACAAGUGUCUCUGGAAGUCCAGCACCAUUUUCCGUAACACCCUUUUUUGCCAGAUCCUUUACAGACAACAUGGGCUUCUUGGAAAGAUCAGUCAACGCUUUUUGGCACCUUGGGUCUUUGCUGGGACAUGGUAUAAGUGUGACUAUAUUACAAACUGUUCUUCGACGACACUUCGGUUCAAAAAUGCCUCACGUAUACGAUAUGGCCAAAAAUGUUAGUUUUAUUCUUCAAAAUGGACAUUAUUCCGUGACGUACUCAAGACCUUUUCUACCAAACGUCGCUGAAGUUGCUUGCAUUCAUUGCAAAGAAUCAAAAAAAUUACAUGCUGAUUUAGAAGAAUGGAUAUCUGGUGCUGGCGAAGCAGGUUUCAUUUACGUAUCCAUGGGAUCUUCAGUAAGAACAAACAAAAUGCCACUCGCCGCCCAUCACUUAUUUAUAGAUGCUUUGAAAAGACUGCCACAGAGGGUACUUUGGAAGCAAGAUGGAGAUCAAAACAUGACUGACAUUCCUUCUAAUAUUAGACUAUAUAAGUGGCUGCCACAACAGGAUUUGUUGGGUCACCCCAAAAUAAAAGCGUUUGUAACCCAUGGCGGACUACUCAGCAUGUUUGAAACUGUCUACCACGGAGUUCCAAUCAUAACUAUCCCAGUUUUCUGCGACCACGACGCAAAUGCAGCGAAAGCCGAAGUGGAUGGUUACGCAAAGAAACUCGACUUACAGCAUUUAACAUCAGACAAACUUUACAAAGCUAUAAAAGAUGUGAUUGUUGAACCAAAAUAUAAGAUCCAAGUUAAAAAUCGACAAGUUCUUCUUAAAGAUCAAAAGGAGUCCCCGUUAGAAAGAGCCAUUUACUGGACCGAAUAUGUGAUACGACACAAAGGGGCGUAUCAUUUACAAUCGCCCGCUAAAGACUUGAAUUUUUUCCAGUACUAUAUGUUAGACGUAGCGUUAGUCUUCUUUGUUUUACUAGUUACAAGUCUAGGACUUAUUUCGUAUUUGCUAAGGUUCAGUUUUAUUUGCUUGAGCAAUUAUGUACAAAGUAGACGUAUGAACAAAUUGAUCGACAAAUCGAGCAAUUUGUUGAAGAGAUCGACGAAGCUAAUAGACGAAACAUCACUGAAAAAGAAAAAAUUAUAAGACCAAAUGACAUGAAAUGAAAUUUUUAGUUACCACGUGUUACCAUAGAUUUGUAAGUUUAAAAUUAUUGUGAUGACAAAUCCGUAGUAAUAUGUAUUAGUGCGUAGUGUCUGUAAAUAUUUAUUUAAGUUUAAUAAAGUUUGGUUUUGUAA